CUGGCGAGGAUUACUUGAGAGUUCAGAUAUUUAGCGAAAAGAAACACACGGAGAGACGACAACGAAGACCACUACGAUAAAACGAGACAAAGCUUAUGCAAAAUCCUGCAACUCGUUUUAAAUAUAUUUUGAGAAAAUAAGCACAGACACCUGUUAAAUAAUGAUAAAGUUAAUCAUAAUCCCUCAAUAAAAACAACUACCCUUUAUAGAUCUCAAAAUUUUUCCCGACCAUAAAACCUUUCUUAAUUACUUACCCUUUUAGAGAAGUGCUGAUGUUUUCUGCAGUGAUAAUUCUUUUUAUUCUCCCGGAAACCCAAAAUUGAAUCUUUUUUUUUUUUUUUUUUCUGCUUUGGAUUUCUGGCUACUAAAUAAAGUAGUAUGGGGAAGUGUAAAUUAUUGGGAAUUUUGGCAGUUGGGCUAUGGUUGAUUGGGUUUUGUGGGGUGGCGGUCCAUGGAGACGGAGAUUCCAGAUCAUCUUCUUCGGAAGCGUAUGUGACCCUUCUUUAUGGGGAUGAAUUUUUACUGGGUGUUAGGGUGCUGGGCAAGUCCAUUCGGGACACUGGAUCCAGUAAAGACAUGGUUGUUCUGGUUUCUGAUGGCGUCUCCGAUUACGCUAACCAGCUUCUUCGGGCUGAUGGUUGGAUUGUUGAGAAAAUUAGUUUACUGGCAAACCCUAACCAAGUGAGGCCGAAGAGGUUUUGGGGUGUUUACACGAAGCUAAAAAUAUUUAACUUGACAAAGUACAAGAAAGUGGUUUAUCUUGAUGCCGAUACAAUUGUGGUUAAGAACAUCGAUGAUCUCUUCAAAUGUGGGAAGUUCUGUGCGAAUUUAAAACAUUCAGAAAGGCUAAAUUCGGGUGUCAUGGUAGUUGAACCGUCUGAAGAAGUUUUCAAGGAUAUGAUGAGCAAAGUCAACACUUUGUUUUCUUACACUGGAGGUGAUCAAGGGUUUCUUAACUCCUAUUACGUGGGAUUUGCUAAUGCCCAUGUUUUUGAGCCAGACCUAUCACCUGAGGUGUUGAAAUCUAGACCAGUUCCUGAAAUGGAAAGACUUUCCACAUUAUACAAUGCUGAUGUUGGUCUUUACAUGCUUGCUAAUAAGUGGAUGGUGGAUGAGAAAGAACUCCGUGUCAUUCAUUACACACUUGGCCCCCUUAAGCCUUGGGAUUGGUGGACAUCUUGGCUAGUUAAGCCUGUGGAUGUCUGGCAGAAUGUUCGGGUACAGCUCGAGGAGUCUCUUCCUGGAACACAAGGGGGUAACAAUCCAACUGAUGAAAUCAUAGUCAAGUUUCUUUUUCUGCUUCCAUUUGUUCUCCUCCUUUUCUUCUAUUAUCGAUCAGUUCUGCAGAGUCGUUCAUUCUUUGAUCAUAUAAGACACCUUUACUACAAGUUUAGAACCGGGGCAAUUUUUACUUACUCUCCUGUCUCCGGCUCCACGUUCAGCACGAAUCAACAGUUCUCAGAUGGCUUCCAGUCUAAGGUCCCUGCUUGCUUGGGUGGGAUGUCUAUAAUGGUUUGCUUUUUGGCUGCUGUGACAUCCCUUGCAGUUUCAUUUAGUAUCAUUCCUCGGCAAGUAACACCAUGGACGGGCAUGUUUCUCAUGUAUGAAUGGACUUUCACGAUUUUCUUCCUGUUGUUUGGAAGUUACUUGCACUUGAUCACUCAGUGGGGUAAAGCUGUGGCUACUAGAGCGGCAUCAUUAUCUUCUCCUCCUGAAUCUUUGGAGUAUGACUCUGGAAAAGGUUAUCAUUCUUUCAUGCAGUGAGUAGAAUUUGAUUUCUGUUUUUCUCGUCUCGUUCUUACCUCCUGCUGGUUGUAUAGGUCACCAGCGGAACCUGUCAUCUUGUGAUGAUGCUACCUGUUAUUAUGGAAUGGGGAUGGCAUUUUUGGCCAUUUUAGUACCUUCGUUGCCCUUUAUUCUUGGGAUUACUGCAUUAUUUUUGAGGUACUUCCCUUGAUUCAUUAUUUCCCAGAUAUUGCUGUGUAAUUUACAUCUGAUUGUCAACAAAGUCAUUCAGUGGUGGUUUCUGGUUAGGAUUCUGCAGUUUUAUUGGUGUAUGACAUCCUAGUUGUGAUCUUGUGGCGGACCAUUAUGUUCCUUGUUAUAGACCAAUAUUUACAUUGGAACAUGGAUGAGUAGUCGAGUCCAAAGGAUUGAUAUAUUUGUUUUGGUUUUGUUUUUCUUGUAAUCUCAAUUACAUCUCUUUUUGAUUAUGUGAUUUUUUUAUAUCUUUUACAGGUUAGGUUUAAUGGUAGUGGGAGGAAUUGUUCUGGCAUCCUUCAUGACUUAUGCUGCUGAGCAUCUUGCAAUUAGGUCAUUCUUAAGAGGCCUUGAACAACGUGACACGCAAAGGACCAGCAGCAUAUGCUUCUUGUGCUAACAAAUGGCUUGACGAUCUCGUAAGCUAACAUAAAAAAAGUAGCUGUCCAAUAUGUAAUUUUGGUAAUAUUUUUGUAGAAAUUCUUUAGGCUUGUGCGUUUCAGUCUCAGAUUUCUUGUGUUUAUUAUGCCAUGGUGGUUUUCCGAACUUUCUGAAUCGGGAGUCCAUUAAGGGUCCUAUUUUUCUUAUGGGGAUUGACAGCAUUAAGCUUGAUGUUGUAAAAUAGAAUCCUGCUAUUUCAAGUGUGAAGAUAUAAGCAUUAGUUUGCCUUGGCAUUUGUAAUUUGUAAACACCAUUAACAGUUCCCCAUCUUGGAUCUUAUCUGUCAAACCUUGUUUUUGUUUUGGAUUUCACACUCUCCAUUUUGCUGUGAUUGGCAAUAUGAAUUUAGACCCUCUUUUAAGUGGAUCAUGGUUUGUGCUUAAGAAAACUUCUUUGCCAAUUAUUAUGGUGCUACGAACCUCUAGUGGAGUCGACCAAUGCGGCUGAUUGCCUAUGAUUUCCAAAUGUAAUUCCAGAAAAAGAAAAGGUUCUGGAAACCAGAAAACAGAGACAGUGCAGGCGGAAAAUCAAGGGCUAGAAUAUAAAGCUGAUCCAGCAUCAAUUUUUUUUUUUUUUUUCGGUACAAUGAUCCAGCAUCAUUUUAACUUCAAGUAAUAUUUUGUUAGACUGGUAUAGUGUUCCUUUUUAAUUGUCUAGAUUCUUUCUUUUAGUAUAGUGCUGUUUAACUGGAGUAUUCUGUAUUGGAGG